AUGAUAAUACCAUCUAUGGAACAAUGUGAAGGUUUUGAAAUAAAAUGCAAUGAUAUUCAACUUAAAUGGUUAUCAAAUGACCAUAUUCCAUCUGAUCAACGUUUGUCCGUUUGUGGUAAAUGUACAGGAAAUUGUAAUCGUUGUUCAUGUGGAAAAAAUGAACUUGCUUGUACUCUUCUAUGUAAAUGCUUGACAAACAAAUGUCAAAAUCGAAAAAAAGUUUCAAACUCGCAAGAUCUUUACCUUAAUCAGAUUCUUAUGGACGAUACUGAAUUCAAUGUCAAUCAUAAUAAAAGUAGUUGUGAUCUUAGUGCAACUAAAUCUAUGGAGGUAGAAGACGAAGAAAUAUCACGUGAUACAUAUUCUUGGGCUUCGAGUUAUAUAUCUGAUGCAGCAAGUAGUGGUUAUGAUUUGUCACAGUUAUAUGAAUCACCAUAUCGAUCCAUGUCCUCAAUGAUUGAGAAUGAUAAUAUUGAUAAUGAUACAUUGUCAAUAAUCAACAUCGAUCAUAAUUAUUGUAAAAGAUCGUGUGAGAAAAUCAAAGAAAACUCGAUUGUUUCAGAGAGAAAAAGACGAACAAUUCAUAAAUCAUUAAGUGAACUACAAGCAAUUGAAUAUUCAACUAAAAAUAAAAUCGUACAAUCUCAAAAAAUAAAUUCAUUUGAUAAUCGCUUUGAAUCAUCAUUUAGUCUUUUUUCAUCAUCAAUGUCGUUUUCUCAACCAGCAACAUCCACGCCUCGAACAACAAAAUCAAAAACAAACAAAGCUCGACAAGUGAUAGAAAAAGAAAAUAAUCAUGAUUUCGACGGAAAUAUGUCAUCAAUAUCGUUUCCUCAUUUUCAGGAUAUUGAUGAAUAA